AUGGACAAGGUCUACGUUUCGGGGUUGAAGGGGCUGCGGACUGAGAUGGUAGCCUACAUCAAGAAGCAAGUGGCGCGCAAACAGGAGGGCCAGGUCGGAGUUGCUUCCGACGCCUGUGACAACGAUGGUGAGGAGAUCCAUUCGGCAUUCCAAGCAGUCGGUGUCGCCCCCACUGUCGCUGAUGCGCAUGGGACCUCGAUCGGAAAGCCGGGAGGCGGCGUCGACGAGGAUGAUGCGGAGGCAGGAAAGGGGGUGACUGGGAUUGAGGAGAAGCACCAGGACGAGGCUAUUCAUGAGCAUGAUGAUCGGGUCUGGGAUCCUGAUGGAGCGGCGAAAACGGGUGGGAGAUCGGCGGACGUUGAGAACGAGGAAAGGGAGGGGAAGGGUGCGAUGUCAGCGGAUCUUGAAAAGGAGAAAGAGGAGGUUGGCGUGGAGGCGGUUCACGGGGCGAGUGGGAAGGUCGUGGUCGGCGAUGGGAAGGAAGUUGUAGACCUCGAGGCCGUUGGAGAAGGGGAUAAUGCUGCGGCCACGAAGCAGACGGGCGUGGAAGUGCCUCACGGGGGGGAGCAGUCAAGGAAGAAGAAGGCGGCGAGCGGCCACCCCGGUUCCACCGCAGCUGGUCGGCAGGCGCGGCUGGACGUUGUCGAGCAGCUGCGAGCGCAGAACAGGCGAUUGCGGGCCGACAAUGCACGCUUGGAACGGCGGCUCGGUGAAAAGUCGAGACGGGUCGACAGCUUGGUGUCGGCGUUAGCUGGGGUCCUCGACAAGCUCAAGGCUUUGACCGCCCAGGUAGCCGAUACCGACCUGAACUCGGCGAAGUGCCUUGAAGACGCCACGUCGACCAUGGCGACCACCAUCACCGACAACCUCACUCACAACAUGGCCAGCGCAAUUGAAGCUAGCAAGUCAUUUGCCAAACUUGCGGUCAAGAUGUUGCGGGAUCAUGACGACCCCAACGGAAGAAUGGCGGACGAACGCGCAACUGCGGUGAACGCAUUGGCCGAUCACGUGACGAAAGAGGUGGGUGAGGCGAGGAAGGCUUUGGAGGCGACAAUCAUUAAAUACAUCGGCGCCGCGCAGACCAAUAUUGCAGCCGCCGUCACUCCCCGCCUCAUCGUGCAGCAGCCGCCGGUGCCUAUCGCCCCAGCGCAAGCCUUGCCAGAAGAGCUAAUGAAGACCUUCAAGGAGGAUGUGCUGAAGGCGGUGACGGAGGCGACGCAGCAGCCGUUUCUCGCCUCCGGAUUGAAGAUAAUGACCGAAGUGGGGAGCGGAGGGAAAGGGUUGAGCCACAAGGAAAUCCCCGCCGCCAAAACGACCCCAGGCGGUGCUGCCAAAAUUGGCAACGGGCCGAAUGCCAAGAUAGCGGAGGUGACAUCGGUUCCUAAACAGCCUCUCGCGGGUGCACGCUCUCCGACUGGCGCGUCUGCUGACGUCCCGUCUGCCGACAAGAAUGGCUGCGCGGGGAAAGGGGUGGCCGCUGCGAACGCGCUCAAGGACCAGCUCAGGCUCCUUGCGAGCCACAGGGCUGCUCAACAUCCUCCCCCCCCUGUCGAUGCACGCCUUGCCAAAACAACAGCUGGCUUUGAAGCCCCCAUCGUCGCCGUGCCAUCUGCCAGUGUGCCACGUGUAGCGCCGGCCGUCGCCGCUCGUACUCCUGCAGACCCAAAGUCCGCUUUGCUGCGCGCCCAGUUGGGCAUGCGAGGGUCGACUGUGCCAACUCAGCAGGCAGCUGGCUCUAGCGCGACGCCGACAUCGGGGAAUGUCGCAGCACCCAGUCCGGUGGCGGCUGAUGUCGAGAAAGCGGCGGAGAAGGGUGUGCGUGCCGCGAUUGCUUCAGGCAGCGGCCCUGUUGAGGAGGUUGCCCUCGACACGGAUAUUGCUGUCAUACAGGCCCACCUGGAUGCGGCCAAACCCCGAACACUGUCCAUAUCGGGCACAGCACAUGAGGAGGAGGAGGAGGUGGAGGAGGAGGAGGACGAGGAGGAGGAGGAGGAGGAGGUGGAGGAGGAGGAGGAGGAGGAGGAGGAGGAGGAGGAGGAGGAGGAGGGGAAGGACAAGGCGAAAGCAAGGAGAGGUCAUGGCAUCUACCACGAUAGCUCGGGCGACGGGCAAGGGUGGGUCGGCGAGAUUAAGGUGCACGGCAUUGAUCGGUACAUCGGCAAGUCGCGCGAGAAGAUGCAGCUCGCGUAUGUGCACUCCAUCGCGUACGUCAUCUACGGCGGUUUCGUAAGCAAGGUGCUCAUGGAUGAGCUCAUCGGCUUGGACACUGCCGAGUUGGAGAGGUGGAGGAAGGUGUGGGAGGAGGUCAAGAUCUUGCCAACAGGGAUGUGGACGUAUCAAGAGUACAAGAGCUCAGGCGAUGCGCUCCACGACGCGCUCUGGCCGGCGAUGUGGUUCCCCGUCGAGGGGGUGCCAGAGGAGAAGUCGUCGGCGAUGAUGUCGGCCAUCAUAGGUCGCGUGUCCAUGUGCGUUGCGUAUGGGAAGACCGCUGCGAGCGCGUCGAAGAAGGAGGGAGACGAGGAGGAGAAUACGGCGAUGGUGGCAUUGGCGUUAGCGGCAUCCGCAUGCGCCGUCUGGUGCUUUGUCAAGAACGACGACGCCCAGGUGGUCGAUGCUGUGGAAGAAGGGAAGGCGGCGGCACUUAUAGCCGGUGCAAGCGAGAAGACCGCCAAAGUAUUCGAAACUGUCAUGGCGGCGAUGCUGAACGCUGAGAUCACCCGGGACCGCGCCCUGGGGGAGGUUGCCUUCAACGUCGCGCCAGUGCUGCAGAGUCUUGCCCUGCAGAGGGUCUAUCUAGGGGGGAAUGCUGAAGUCGAUGCCAAGGUGGUCGCUAGAGCGGCGGUGGAGACCAUGGCGUUCUGGGGAAUGUGCAUCGUCACCGGCCCAAAACUCAAAAAGAGGAGUAUCGCGGUGCCGUGUGACACGCAGAUGAAGGCCGAUCUUGACAACAGGGGGAGGAAGGGUCAGAGGGGGAAGCAGGGGACGAAGGGGAAGAAGGGCAAGGACAGCACGGGGAAGAAGGGGAGGAAGGGCAAGGACAGCACAACAGCAUAG